UAACACGUGACUUGAAUCGACAAACUCCGCCCUUUCUGACCAGUUGCUAGCCUCCUCCAUAAAACUAAGACCAGUGCUUAUGAAAGCAGCGGUAUAAAGAUGUUAUUUCAGUCGUUUCAGCUGUUUCACCUUGUAAACUCGAUGGAGAAACGUACUUGCUUGACUUACUGUAUUUUGAGAUAAGAAAAACAAAAAGAAAAUACAAUGCUAGCUAACUUGCUAGCUCUAUCUAGCUUAACAGCCCAUAGGCUAGCGUGAAGAAGACGGAUUGUUUUCAUUUUUAAAAGUACAGGCCAAAACCAAUAUGACACAGAAAGUGAAUCUGUGUUCAGUUGCUCUCAAAGUGGAGGGCAUGACUUGUGGAUCAUGUGUUCAGUCCAUAGAACAGCGGAUUGGGUCUCUUCCUGGAGUCAUACAUAUAAGGGUGUCUCUGGAGCAGAAGACUGCCACCUUGAUAUUUGACCAGGGUCAACAGAGCCCCGAGUCCCUGUCAGAGGCUAUUGAAGACAUGGGCUUUGAAUCAAGCUUACCAGAUGGCAGCACGACCACAGCGGUAUCUACAGGAACCCAGCUGUUCCCCACAUCGGCUCUGGGACCUGCAGCCCUUCAGGAAGCUCGGGAGAAACUUUCACAGAUCAAAGGAGUUCUGGAUGUUUGUGAGAACCCCUCCCAGAAGGGCCUCAGUAUUACUUUUGCCCCUUCCCUGAUUUCCACACAGGAGCUAAGUAAAGUAGUGGAAAGUGUAACGCUCACAGACGACCAAACUCUUAGUCCAUCUAAGCAGAAAGACGAUGGAGUAGCACUUUUGAAGCUGCGCAUUGAAGGAAUGACUUGUCAUUCUUGCGUCACCACCAUUGAAGGGAAGAUUGGAAAACUGAAUGGAAUUCAAAAGAUCAAAGUUGUUUUGGAGUCUAAAGAAGCCACAAUCAUCUACACGCCAUACCUCAUUACCCACCAGUCCAUCAUUGAGCAAAUAGCUUUUGCUGGAUUUAAGGCGUCUGUGAAGUCCAAGCCUAAACCGCUGCAGUUGUCCAUCAGAGACAUUGAGCGACUUGCUGAUUCUCAAAAACCAACACUGACUUCACCUUCAGACCCAUCAGAGGAGACAGAAGUCUUCAUAGACACAACCCUCGUAGUACUCGGGGUAAAAGGCAUGCACUGCCGUUCCUGUGUAGUGAACAUUCAAGACAACGUCUCAUUGCUGCCUGGUGUUUCAUCCGUGGAGGUCUCUCUUGAGAAAGAACAGGCUACAAUUUGCUAUGAUCCUCACAAGGUGUCAGUUACUGAGCUGCAGCGAGCGAUUGAGGCACUGCCUCCAGGAAACUUUAAGGUUGAAGCUUCAGGAUCUAACCCGCUGACUUCUACACCUGCACUGUCUGCAUGUGUAACUCAGGCCAAACCUGCAUCUUUGCAGCCUUGUUUUACCCAGCCUCUGGUAUCUACUGUCAGUAUUCACAUUGAAGGGAUGACCUGCAACUCCUGUGUGCAGUCCAUUGAAGGUAUGAUCUCCCAAAGAAAAGGGGUGGUAUCAGCACAGGUCUCACUGGCAAAUCACCAAGGGAUUUUUGAGUAUGACCCCCUCCUGACCUCCCCAGAGGAGCUGAGGGAAGCAGUAGAGGACAUGGGCUUUGAUGCAUUUCUACCUGAGACCAAUUCUCUGCUUGAGCCCAAUGUUGUGAGAUCUGCAAGUACAGCACUUGAUCAAGAGAAGGAGUUAGAUGAAGACCAUCACAAAGAGGCUCAUCAAAGAUCCACUGAGGAAACACACUCUAAAUGUUACAUCCAGAUUGGAGGGAUGACCUGUGCAUCCUGUGUGUCAAACAUCGAGCGAAACCUUAAGAACGAACCAGGGAUCUACUUUGUUCUAGUAGCGUUAAUGGCCAGUAAAGCAGAGGUGCGUUAUAACCCUAAAGUCAUCGACCCUCCGAGAAUAGUUGAGUGUGUGAAAGAGUUGGGCUUUACAGCUUCUGUCAUGGAGAACUAUGAAGGAUCCAAUGGAAACCUGGAGCUUGUGAUCAGGGGGAUGACUUGUGCCUCUUGUGUUCACAAAAUUGAAUCUAAUCUCAUGAAGGAAAAGGGGAUUGAUUAUGCCUCUGUUGCCCUAGCAACCAACAAAGCACACGUUAAGUUUGACUCAGAGAUUUUAGGACCACGAGACAUCAUCAAGCUGAUUGAGAACCUGGGAUUCAAAGCUUCUUUAGUGAAGAGAGAUCGAUCUGCCAGUCAUCUGGACCACAGCAAAGAGAUCCGGCAAUGGAGGAAAUCUUUCCUUGUAAGCCUGGUUUUCUGUGUUCCUGUGAUGGGAAUGAUGAUCUACAUGAUGGUUAUGGACCACCAAAUGAACGUUUCACAUCACCACAACGCUACAGUCGAGGACCGGAACCAUUACCACUCCACCAUGUUCCUGGAAAGACAGCUUUUCCCCGGCCUUUCAAUCAUGAACCUUCUCUCCUUCAUUUUUUGUGUGCCUGUACAGUUUAUUGGAGGUCGCUACUUCUACAUUCAAGCCUAUAAAGCACUUAAGCACAAGUCUGCAAACAUGGAUGUGCUCAUUGUUUUAGCUACUUCAAUAGCUUUUAGCUACUCGCUGGUCGUCUUAAUAGUGGCCAUGGCGGAAAAAGCAAAGGUCAAUCCCAUCACUUUUUUCGACACACCUCCAAUGCUUUUUGUGUUUAUCUCGUUGGGUCGCUGGCUGGAACAGAUUGCUAAGAGUAAAACUUCUGAAGCUUUGUCCAAGUUAAUGUCUUUACAAGCAACAGAAGCGACAGUGGUCACUCUUGGGAGCGAUAAUGUUAUCCUCAGUGAGGAGCAGGUGGACGUUGAGCUGGUGCAGCGCGGUGAUGUGGUGAAAGUUGUUCCUGGAGGGAAGUUUCCUGUUGAUGGGAGGGUUUUAGAGGGACAUUCAAUGGCUGAUGAAUCGCUUAUCACAGGUGAGGCCAUGCCAGUUACAAAAAAGCCAGGAAGCACAGUCAUCGCAGGUUCCAUUAAUCAGAACGGCUCCCUGCUGGUCAGUGCUACUCAUGUUGGCAUGGACACCACGCUGUCGCAGAUUGUUAAACUCGUUGAGGAGGCUCAGACUUCAAAGGCCCCCAUCCAGCAGUAUGCAGAUAAGAUCAGUGGCUACUUUGUGCCAUUUAUUGUCGCUGUUUCUGUGCUUACACUGAUUGUCUGGAUAAUUAUUGGGUUUUUGGACUUUUCUCUUGUCACAAAAUACUUUCCAGGCUAUGACAAGAGCAUUUCUACAGCCGAGGCAGUGAUUCGCUUCGCCUUCCAGGCCUCUAUAACUGUAUUAUGCAUCGCCUGUCCCUGUUCUCUGGGCUUAGCUACUCCAACAGCUGUGAUGGUGGGCACGGGGGUAGGAGCACAAAACGGCAUUCUGAUAAAGGGAGGAGAGCCUCUUGAAAUGGCGCAUAAGGUCCAGGCUGUGGUGUUUGACAAAACCGGCACCAUCACAUAUGGAGCUCCAAAGGUUGUCCAAGUCAAAACAGUGGUGGAGGGGAACAAGAUGCCCCUCUCUCGUCUGCUGGCCAUUGUGGGCACAGCCGAAAACAACAGUGAACAUCCUCUAGGAGCAGCUAUCACCAAGUACUGCAAACAGGAGCUCGGCACAGAGUCUCUUGGCACGUGCACAGACUUUCAAGCGGUCCCGGGUUGUGGCGUUCGAUGUCAGGUCAGCAACACGGAGACAGUGCUGAAGCAGGGCGACAGUGACAGUGAGGACAACAACCAUCGCAACAGCGUGCUCGUUCAGAUCAGUGACACACGGACGUCCAGCAGCUCCCAUCCACUCAUCAUGGAUCCACAGCCACUGAGUUCAGUUCCAACAGACAUCUAUGUCGUCCUGAUUGGCAAUAGGGAGUGGAUGAGGAGAAACUUCUUGGAAAUCACAGCAGAGAUUGAUGAAGCCAUGACGGAGCAUGAGCGUAGAGGACGCACUGCUGUUCUAGUAGCUGUGAACAAUAUGCUGUGUGCAAUGAUAGCCAUAGCUGACACAGUGAAACCUGAGGCUGAGCUGGCAGUCCAGACGCUGACCAACAUGGGUCUGGAGGUGGUGCUGAUGACUGGAGACAACAGUAAGACAGCUCGGGUCAUUGCAGCGCAGGUAGGAAUCAAAAAGGUGUUUGCUGAGGUGCUGCCUUCCCACAAGGUGGCCAAAGUGGAACAGCUGCAGCAGGCUGGAAAGAGAGUGGCCAUGGUGGGAGAUGGCGUUAACGACUCGCCUGCUCUGGCCAUGGCUGACGUGGGCAUCGCCAUAGGAACCGGAACAGAUGUGGCCAUAGAAGCAGCAGACGUGGUCUUGAUCAGGAACGACCUGCUGGAUGUGGUUGGCAGCAUUGAUCUUUCUAAAAAGACGGUAAAGAGAAUUCGGAUCAACUUUGUUUUUGCUCUCAUCUACAACCUGGUUGGAAUUCCUAUUGCUGCCGGAGUAUUCCUGCCCAUUGGUCUGGUCUUAGAACCGUGGAUGGGCUCUGCUGCAAUGGCGCUUUCCUCUGUGUCUGUAGUCGUGUCUUCUCUUCUUUUGAAAUGUUACACUAAACCCACAGCUGAGAAGCUGGAGGCCAGACUUGGUCAUAACAAGCGACAAAGCAGCCUGUCUGACGUCAGCGUUCACAUCGGCAUGGGAGUCGCGCGGCGUCCCUCCCCAAAACUGAGCCUGCUGGAUCGCAUCGUCAACUACAGCCGCGCCUCCAUCAACUCCUUACGCUCAGACAAACAAUCGCUCAACAGUUUAGCGCUCAAUGAGCCCGACAAGCACUCACUGCUGGUGGGGGAGUCUGUGUGUGAGGAGGAGUUCUGCUGAAUACAUGGAGCGCACACUGCCAUGGAGGACUUGAAUGCUGAAACAGAGAUUGUUCCGUGCAGAAAUGAAAGGGUCUUACAGAUUUAAGCUCAUCCAUCUGCUCUCUGUGCCUCAGAUCAGCUUCCUUUACUGCAAGAAAGCAUGUUUGCCUCUUUACCUCAUGCAGCUGAUCACAUGCACCUCAGCUGCAGUCUGUCCUUUAUGAAGGCAACUGCCUGCAGUGAUGCUCUUAACACUUUGAAAUCAUUCACUAUCAUAGAGCCUCUUGUAGGAGGUGUCCAUGAACAGGAAAUAAAGGAAAAGUCCUCUCUGGAACUUCAAUCGUUUGCCUUUACAAUCGUCAACAUCAGUCCAAAGAUAUGAAGCAGAGAGAGGAUCUAAAAACAUUCAAUAUAUAUAUAUAUUUUUUACGAAUAUUCCUUGAAGUUGAAACACAGUUGUAUAAUCUUGAUUAGAAAUAUUUAUAAAAGUAUUAUUUAUCUUUUUUCUCAUUUUAUCCUUUGUGAUGAUUUUGUUAAUUUAAACGCCAGUUUGGAUUUUCUGUCUUCUGAAGUUUAUGGCUCACUGUGCAAAUGUUCAGCACACUAAGGAUCGUCAUCCCAAAGACGCUACGUAACAAACUAAAAGCUGGUGGUGGUGCAGAACACAGCCUCUGUAGCAGAUGUUAACUGGACAAGUAACAUUGGAAACUCAACUUGGAAAAGUAAAAAAAAAAAAAUCCCAAAGAUUUCUCUAUUUACUAGUUAUAGUCCAAAAAGUGAAGUUUAAAAAUAAUAUCCCCUUGAAGAAAAGAUAACCUUUGAAGUUGUCACAUGAGUGAUUGUGUUGCUGUCUGUUGCACACAGAAGUUAGGGCCAAUGUAUUUUUUAUGAUGCUGCAAAUAUAUAUAUAUAUAAGACAUGUUUGACAGUGUUUUUGUAGUAAGUCAAAUGUCUUUGUAUCUGUGUUUUUUAGGAUUUUACUUUGAUCAAAAAAGCCUUAAACACAUUACAGGCUGAACAUGUUACUGAACAACAAAUACAAAGAAAUUGUAUUCCAGUCAUGGACUUUACUGCCAUAUAUGUUUGCAGUAUGUUUUUCAAGCCAAAAUGUAAAACUCCUUUGAUAGGACAUCGGUUUAUCUUGCUGCUUUUCUUCCAUCUGUAGUAGUCACAUCCUGCCAUAUAAAGUUUUGUUAUUUUUUUUGGUGCAAUGCUUUCUUAAAACGUCCACAGGACUUUGGAUUUCUUUUCCUGCUGUCCAUGUUUGCUCUGUUGCAUAGAUCUUGGAAAUUGUGUGCCUUAGAAUAAAAUGCUUUUGCAAAAAAAAAA